AUGAUAAAUUCAGAGAAUCAAAAUCUAUACGAAAAAGCUAAAAGUAUUAAUUCUAUCGUAAAAUUAAUUGGUGCACCCAAUAAUUCUACUCCAGGAGAAGAACCUGAAAUGGAAGAAUUAAAUGCCAAUGGUACAGAAACUUUUACACUUGAAGAAUUUAGAAGCUUAAUAAUAGAUUGCAGAAAAAAGAAUGUGGAUUUUAUUAUUGCAAGGGUUACUACUCCCGAUCCAGAUGAUCAAUCAACACUUUUCAAUUUUUAUUAUGCAGCAGCAGAACUGAACAGAGUGUUAUUUAGAUUUGAGACUGAGAGAAGACUUUUACAUAGAAUGAGAGUAAGAAACCCAUUAAACAAUAGUUUUAUACUUGGACAAGUAUACUAUUACAAAUUAACACUAGAAGAAAUUGAUAGAUGUUUAGUAGAAUAUUACUUUAAAGAUACAAGUGAUGACAGAAAGAAAAAAAAGAUUAGAUCUUUUUCGGCUGUUUUCAGGUCUAAAAAUAGUGAAUCUAUUGAAACAAACGUACACUCUAAAGACACAGAUGACAGUAUUAUAAACAGCAGCUUAACAUUAGAUUUGGAAAAUGAGAUAUCACAUAAAGAUUUAUUAGAUAAGCACCAAAGUAAUGUUUCAUUACAAGAAAUUCCAAGCGAUAAAAAAAUUGUUUAUUACGCUAAAUUUUUCGCGACUGAUGAUGAUUUUUUGAUGCAAAAUGAGGUGCGUGAUUAUUUCAGACGCAACACGCUCGAUGAAGACGACGACUUUUUAUUCGAAAUUGACAGGGGACAGAAUGACUUUUUUGCUCUUCUUGAAUCGGGAUCAGAAGAAGAAAAUGAUGAGAUUGUCAGUUGGAAAAGAGUUUUAACUGCACAUGUAAGCAUGUUAAUAACAUUACUUGGUAUAUGCCUGUUAAUAGGUACAGGACCGAUAAUAAUACUUAUUGCUCUUCCUAUAGCUUUAAUUUUCUUACUUUCAUUUAUUGCUUCUAUUUUUUAUAUCUUAUUUUGUAGAAGAAGUACAUUUGAUACGUUAGCAGUGCAAAGUAUCGAACAAGUGUGA